AUGCAGAGAUACGAAGUGGGCUUCGCAGCAUUUUCACCCUUAUCGUGUUAUUUUAAUAUUUUCAUCAUUCCAGGAAGUACUAAAGAUAAAGAAAAACAUGAAGAGGAAACGAAAAAGCUGAAAACCGAAAAGGAUAAAGAACGUGAGAAAGAUAGGAAAUCACGAAGAGAGAGAUCGAGGUCACGUUCUAGCUCUUGUCCUCAUUGUUGUAGAAAAGUUUUGGAUUUCGACUUUGAGAAGCUGUGUUCUGUAUCUCUGUCGCAUCUCAAUGUAUAUGCCUGUAUGGUUUGUGGAAAAUACUUCCAGGGUCGUGGAACGAAUACUCAUGCGUACACACACUCUCUUGAUACUGAUCAUCGUGUUUUCCUCAACCUUCAUACACUUAAAUUCUACUGCUUACCCGAUAACUAUGAAGUCGACGAUCCAUCACUGGAAGAUAUAAAGUAUGUGCUGAAACCCACCUAUACAAAAGAGCUGAUAGGCAGCCUGGACCGUCAACACCGAAUGGCCAGAGCUUACGACGAUUCAACAUAUUUCCCUGGUGUUGUUGGGCUAAAUAACAUCAAGGCCAAUGAUUAUUGCAAUGUCAUUUUGCACGCGUUAUCUCACGUCACUCCUUUGCGUGAUUUUUUCUUACGUGAAGAGAAUUAUGAAUCAAUCAAGCGGCCGCCCGGUGAUAAGUUAGCCCUUCUUCCCAAAAGAUUUGGAGAACUUAUUAGGAAGUUAUGGAAUCCUAAGGCAUUCCGAACUCAUGUUUCUCCACAUGAAAUGCUUCAGGCGACAGUUUUAUGUUCUGAUAAAAAGUUUCAAUUUAUAAAGCAAGGGGAUGCCGCUGAAUUCAUGAGUUUCUUGCUGAACACGUUACACAUUGCUCUAAAUGGGACUCAGAAGUCUUCAUCGUCAGUCAUUUAUAGGUUCGUAUUUCUUGGUUUUAGGAUAUUUCGGGGUCGUAUGCGGCAAUAUUCCCGAAGAGUAAUUCCUGCUGAAGCAACGGAAGAGCAGCGGCGGCAGUUGUUACAGCUACCGGAAUACAAUGGUAAUUUUUUCUCAAAAGAAUUACCUUUUCUUUACCUCGCCUUGGAUCUUCCUCCUGCACCGUUGUACCGAGACGAACAGAUGCAAAACAUUAUACCGCAAGUACCGUUAACGGUUCUUCUGCAAAAGUUUAAUGGAACUACUGAGAAGGAAUACAAGACAUACAACGAAAAUAUCAUAAAAAGGUUCGAACUUCUUCGUCUACCCGAAUAUCUCAUCAUCACCUAUAAACGGUUCCAUAAGAAUCAGUGGUUUGUGGAAAAGAAUCCUACAAUUGUCAAUUUUCCAAUUAGCAACGUCGAUCUCUUUGAUUGUUUGUCUGAAGAUGCUCGCUAUGAACACAAGUACACUACGUACGACCUAAUCGCCAACGUUGUACAUGACGGAAAACCUGAUUCGGGAACGUACCGCAUUCAACUUGUACAUGUGGGUUCUCAUAAAUGGUUUGAACUUGAAGAUCUUCAUGUAAAAGAGAUUCUUCCUCAAAUGAUUGUGCUUGCCGAGUCAUAUAUUCAAGUUAGUUCCUUCUUUCUACUAGUAAUUUUUGUUUCGGUUAGAAUUGUGCUUGUGGCACAUUAUAGACAGCGUGUGGAGCUUUGGGAAGAUCGCAAAAGAAUCAUGUUUUAG